CCACGAUGAUGAUGCCGAGUAGAGGACUGGCGGGCGCUGUCCGUCAAGGCGCCCGUCUCAAUCGCAGAUUUAUGUCAACUCCCGCAAGACCUCUGGCUGCACUCAACGCCCGCUCGACAGGCCGUAUCUUCCAGGGAUCCGUCAUUUCACUCGCCGCACAUGCUCGUCUUGCCUCGACAUCAGCACCUGCUGCCACUCCCGCCGUGUCUGCCGCCACGAACGCUCCUCCUCCCACAUCUGCCACCGAUGCGCUCGCGACCGACAGCAACCCCUUCGACAUUAGUGGAGCUACCGACUUCGCCAACAUACCCGAGAGGCUCGGAUUCUUGAAGGAACUCGGUUUGGACUACGGCUGGGGACCUACAUCCAUCAUCGAAUGGUCAUUGGAACACGUCCAUGUCUUGUCUGGUAUGCCUUGGUGGGGCUCUAUCGCCGCGACCGCAUUCCUCUACCGUCUGGCUCUGGUUCCCAUGUUUAUGAAGGCAAGCGAGAACGGCGCAAAGAUGCGCGCUAUGCAGCCUAUCACGAAGCCUAUGAACGACAAGAUGAUGGAUGCCAUGAGAAACGGCGACAGAAUGACUGCCAUGCAAAUGCGCCAGGAGAUGAUGCAGAUCAACAAGGCUUCCGGUGUCAGCACUUUCGGCAUGCUGGUGCCCAGUAUCGUUCAGGGUGUCUUUGGUUUCUGCGCUUUCCGUCUGUUGCGUGCCAUGGCCAACCUUCCCGUGCCCGGUCUCGAGACUGGCGGUUUCCUCUGGAUCGCCGAUUUGACCCAGACCGACCCAUACUUCCUCCUCCCUGCUGUCAUGGGUGGUACUUUGCAUAUGGUUCUCCGCAUGGGUGGUGAGACUGGUGCCCCCAUGUCCGAUGCCAUGAAGCCCUUCCUGCUCUACAUCUUCCCCGGUAUCGUUUUCAUUACCACCGCCUGGCUUCCUGCUGCCCUCAACGUCUGGCUCUGCACUACUGGUAUCAUGGGUGUGACUCAAGUCCACCUUUUCAAACAUGCUGAGGUGCGUCGCUUCUUCGGUUUGACCCCAAUGGUCACUCCGGAGCAGGCGAAGCGUGAUGCGAUCGCCGCCGGACUCGUCAAAGAAGAGGUCAAGACCAUUGAUGUCAAGGCAAAGUCAUACCCCGCAGACCAGAGACCUGUUUACCAAGCACCAAAUGUCAAGUUCGCUGCUCCCUCUACACCUUCCAAUCAGAACGCUACUUCUACUUCUGCUGGUGCUGCUGUUCAGGCUUCUCAAAGCCCGUUCGAUAGCGUCAAGGGUAAAGGCUUUGGAUUGUUCAACAAGGCUGGCGAACAGUGGGACACCAUGAAGAAGGGUGCCCAGGAUGCAGUAAUGAAGGCUCGUGGGUCAGCAUCUGGUCCCAAGAGCAAGACGCGCUCCGCCGAGUUCAUGAAGGCCGCCGAAGACUACGAGCGCAAAUGGCAAAAGUUCAACAAGAAGUAAGUCGUUCAACUGUACAUAUAUGGCGAAACUCUCAGCACUUUUAUGGCGCAAUAUUGGACAUGGGAAAGGG